AUGAUCAUAGUAACUUGUUCUUUUCAUUCUUACACAAAAUCCAAUUUUGUUCCUGUCCACGUACCUCCACAUGGACCAGAAACUUCCGCUCGUCUCUGUGCCAAAUGGGCACAUUCCAACCCAUCAACACCAGACUUGUUGCUGGUGGUGACUGGAGUUGCUCCAGCUCCAAGAACAUCUCCAAUGGCGGUUUUGGCACAGGGCUUAACGUUCAAUCUGUGCAUAACACAUCCUAAAAUAUGUUAUAUGAAGCAAUUGAGCUGUUUCCCCGUAUGCCGCAGACUGUUUGCCAACAAGAAUGGACCUGUGCUUGUCUCGCGCCUUGCCAGAAUCAAAACUAGAAGCUUUAAAUAUGAUGAUAAGGAAAGUUAUGAGGCUUCAAGGUCUAAAGAUAUGCUAGAAAGUGAAGGUAGCAUCAAGAAUGAGGUGCAUUUAGACGGAAAAGAGGGUCAUAAUUUUGGAAUCCCAUUCCUUGCUUUGAUAGCAGUUGCAAUGGGCAUAGCUGUAACGGCAACGCUAAUAUCCAUUUACCAGCAGCCUAUCCUUGGAUCAUCUUUCGUUGUGCAGUCUCUUUCUGAAAGCUCAUCCUCUUCAACGGUUGCUCCAGCCACUGCUGGUUUCAGUUUCCAAGCUUUUGGAUACAAAAUUAUACUUCCAGAAUAUGCACCAGGAUGGAUCUACUUCUGGUUGCUUAUGGCUGCAGGAUGUGGACUUUUCAUUAGUGAAGAGGCUCUAAAUGUUUGGGUUGGCAUAUCACUAUCUCGGUUUCUGUCUCUGGAUGGAACAUGGAGGUCUUUUGCAGAAUCUUUCUCAAGGAAUAGUUCAUAUGUGAUAUCAACGGUUUUCUGGGUUUACUGGGGUGUUUGCAUUAGCGAUAUGGUGCCCUUUUACUUGGGGAAGCUUUUCAGACGGUCUGGGGUAUCUGAUGAUGUUUCUACAAGGUUAGGAAUUGGCAAGGAGAAGGCCCUGGAGAUCACAAAGGCAGUGCAGAAGUAUGGCAAUCUAAUAGGUUUUGUUGAACGAUUUUCCCUUGGGGUAAGGAACCCCACGGCUUUCCUAGCAGGUGCCAUGGGCAUAUCUCCUGAGUUAUUUUUUGCAGGAGUCUGUUGUGGUGGUCUAUUCACACUUCCCCUUCAGCUCGGAGUAGGUUUUCUUUUGAGAGAACGCCCUAUGUUUGCUCUUGCAACUGUUGCAACUGUGAUGGGAAUUUGGACCAUUUUUCCAUAUGCUUUGGCUGGAUUAACUGCAUUAUUCUUCUAUCUUCGAAGGCGUUCCUCUGCUUAGUCAUUGAAUUACUUUGUAGGUCAGCUUAAAUAUUAUCAUGUAUAUGCGAUCAAUUGACAUGUAAAUUUUAAUUGUAAUCAUUCUUGAACAUAUUCCUGCUUUAGGAGGGUCAUUACCUUGGGCAAAUCACGACGAUAUUAUGGAACUUGGGUGUUGUACCAUUUUUCCGGAGAUAAUCAAGUGGAAAAUGGCAAAAUAUUUCAUCAUAACUUAAUAUAUUUAUAUUA